AUCCAUCCCAUCCACUGACUCUCUCUCCAGCUUUAUCCUGGCUUUAUCUUCCCGCAGCCCUGCAGCACGGGAAGGAGCUGACUCCGGUACCUGGCAGCUAAACCCUCAAACCAAGAGAGGUGGUCGAUUUCAUCAAUAAGCAAAUACUUCGAAAUGGAGUUAGUCCCCACUUCUACUCGAUGCAGCUGUGCAAGUCUUGGAGCGAUAUGGAGAAGAAGUUGCGAGACGUCCUGACCAACUCAGCAGUGGCAGAAGCCACCAAGGAGGCUUGUGCCUGGAAAACCCUGGCCCAGGCAGUGCGCGUGGCUCAGAGGCAGAAGCGGGAACUCGUGGAAAAGGUGAAGAAGCUCCAGGAUCAGCUGGAGGAGCAGAAGCUGUUCACCAACGUCUUGGUCGGGACGGUGAACAGACUCAGGGAUAUGCAAGAAAGGGAAAAGAAGGCGGCCCAGCUGCAGCUUCAGGAAAGCCUCACAGCCCUUCGUGGAGUGGAGGAAGAGCGAAACCUGCUGAGGAACGAGCUGCUCAGGGUAUCAAGCGCUCAGUCUCAGAAGCAGGACAGAGCUGUGGAAAAUAAGAAGGGGAAGGAGGUGUGGAUGUUUGGAGCAGCAGCAGAAGCUGCAGCAGUUCCCGCUGGGAACAAUUCCAGAAGCACCUGGAAGGGCAAGCAUUACCCCUCCAAGAAGUUCUUGUCUAAAAGGCUUAAGCAAGAAUCUGGUUUCUCUUGCUCUGCAAGACAGGCCAUGAGGGGCAAAGGCCGGGAUUGGGACUGUCAGCAGUGUCAUUCAGUGAAUUUCUCAUGGCGCAAAAAGUGUUUUAAAUGUAAAAACUUCCAGGAUGCCAGGGAAGGUGAACGCUCUGCCCACAAUUAGGGGCCUCAUUAAAUUCUCACAGAUUCAUUUUCUGAUGCUCUCUUCUGAUUUAGAAAUGGAGCAGGAGCGUGUUAUUGGUUAGAUGUUAAGUAGAAAUAGACAAACAAAAAGGAAGAAGGUAGACAGUCAUCUUUAACUUUACCCGCAGUUAACAUUUCACUUACUUACUUACAGCUCUGAGGGUCACUACA